AUGGCACCCGCUAUUAUCAAUUCGCUUCGUUCAUCAUUAUUGGAUUUCUUUGUUAUAUAUUCUACUGUUAAAGAGAUCCAAGUACACAGUACCUUUGUUGCUGUGCUCCAUCGUCUUAUUCAAUUUUUAAUUAUCAUUUUUGUUGCCUUUUACAUUAUCUUGGUAAAAAAGGGAUAUCAACAAUUUCAAGAACCACAAGGUUCUAGUAUAAUCAAAGUUAAAGGUGUAGUACGAAUUUCGAUUUAUAAUUCCAAUCUUCAUACUGGUAAUGCAAGUCAAGCAUUGUGGGAUGCAGCUGACUACGUUGUACCAUCCAUUGAAACCAACGCCUUUUUUAUUGCUACACGUAAAACGAAAACAUUUGGUCAAAGACAAGAAAUCUGUCCGAGUAGUUUGAACGAUAACUUAUUCUGCAACUCUACAUAUAAUCCAUGUAAACAAGGCAUGCCGACACCUAAUGCAUUCGGUAUGUGA